AUGGACUCGACCAACAGCAUCGAGAAAUCGCUUCUGAUGGAGAUGGAGCGGGAGGUUGAGAGGGCGAAGGGGGGCAGGGCGGACCCAAACGGGACAAGGGCCGCCUUGCCUCCACCCUUUGAAAUUUUUCCCAUUGACGACCAGAUUGAAAAAAAGGAGGAGGAUGCCAUUAAAGCAGAAAUAGAACGUAGAUUGCGAGCAAAACAGCAAGAGCGGGUCAACAACGAGCAAACAACUCAUUAUUCGAGCCCUCAAAAUAUAUCGCUUGCUUUCGGGAUUGAACCCUCAUCUACAGUAAAAUACGGCGAAAGCACGCAAGAAGAAAAUGGAAAAAGCUCACAAAGUGAGGCCGAGGAGCGUGCACGGCGGGAGGCUGAGAAGCGUGCCCGGCGAGAGGCUAAGGAACGAGCAUGGCAAGAGGCCGAGGAACGAGCACGGCGAGAGGCUGAGGAACGUGCCCAACGAGAGGCCGAAGAACGAGCAUGGCAAGAGGCUGAGAAGCGUGCUCAACGAGAGGCUGAGGAACGUGCCCAACGAGAGGCUGAGAAGCGUGCCCAACGAGAGGCUGAGGAACGUGCCCAACGAGAGGCUGAGGAACGUGCUCAACGAGAGGCUGAGAAGCGUGCUCAACGAGAGGCUGAGAAGCGUGCCCAACGAGAGGCUGAGGAACGAGCAUGGCAAGAGGCUGAGGAGCGUGCCCAACGAGAGGCUGAGGAGCGUGCCCAACGAGAGGCUGAGAAGCGUGCUCAACGAGAGGCUGAGGAGCGUGCUCAACGAGAGGCUGAGGAGCGUGCUCAACGAGAGGCUGAGAAGCGUGCUCAACGAGAGGCUGAGAAGCGUGCUCAACGAGAGGCUGAGAAGCGUGCCCAACGAGAGACUGAGGAACGAGCAUGGCAAGAGGCUGAGAAGCGUGCUCAACGAGAGGCUGAGAAGCGUACCCAACGAGAGGCUGAGGAACGUGCUCAACGAGAGGCUGAGGAGCGUGCCCAACGAGAGGCUGAGGAGCGUGCUCAACGAGAGGCUGAGGAACGUGCUCAACGAGAGGCUGAGAAGCGUGCUCAACGAGAGGCUGAGGAGCGUGCUCAACGAGAGGCUGAGGAGCGUGCUCAACGAGAGGCUGAGGAGCGUGCUCAACGAGAGGCUGAGGAGCGUGCUCAACGAGAGGCUGAGGAACGUGCUCAACGAGAGGCUGAGGAACGAGCAUGGCAAGAGGCUGAGAAGCGUGCUCAACGAGAGGCUGAGAAGCGUGCUCAACGAGAGGCUGAGAAGCGUGCCCAACGAGAGACUGAGGAACGAGCAUGGCAAGAGGCUGAGAAGCGUGCUCAACGAGAGGCUGAGAAGCGUGCCCAACGAGAGGCUGAGGAACGUGCUCAACGAGAGGCUGAGGAGCGUGCCCAACGAGAGGCUGAGGAGCGUGCUCAACGAGAGUCUGAGGAACGUGCUCAACGAGAGGCUGAGAAGCGUGCUCAACGAGAGGCUGAGAAGCGUGCUCAACGAGAGGCUGAGAAGCGUGCUCAACGAGAGGCUGAGGAGCGUGCCCAACGAGAGGCUGAGGAGCGUGCCCAACGAGAGGCUGAGGAGCGUGCCCAACGAGAGGCUGAGGAGCGUGCCCAACGAGAGGCUGAGGAACGUGCCCAACGAGAGGCUGAGGAACGUGCUCAACGAGAGGCUGAGGAGCGUGCCCAACGAGAGGCUGAGGAGCGUGCCCAACGAGAGGCUGAGGAGCGUGCCCAACGAGAGGCUGAGAAGCGUGCUCAACGAGAGGCUGAGAAGCGUGCUCAACGAGAGGCUGAGAAGCGUGCUCAACGAGAGGCUGAGGAGCGUGCCCAACGAGAGGCUGAGGAGCGUGCUCAACGAGAGUCUGAGGAACGUGCCCAACGAGAGGCUGAGGAGCGUGCCCAACGAGAGGCUGAGGAGCGUGCCCAACGAGAGGCUGAGAAGCGUGCUCAACGAGAGGCUGAGAAGCGUGCUCAACGAGAGGCUGAGGAGCGUGCCCAACGAGAGGCUGAGGAGCGUGCUCAACGAGAGUCUGAGGAACGUGCCCAACGAGAGGCUGAGAAGCGUGCUCAACGAGAGGCUGAGAAGCGUGCCCAACGAGAGGCUGAGGAGCGUGCCCAACGAGAGGCUGAGGAACGAGCAUGGCAAGAGGCUGAGCAGUGUGCUCAACGAGAGGCUGAGAAGCGUGCUCAACGAGAGGCUGAGAAGCGUGCUCAACGAGAGGCUGAGAAGCGUGCUCAACGAGAGGCUGAGAAGCGUGCUCAACGAGAGGCUGAGGAGCGUGCCCAACGAGAGGCUGAGGAGCGUGCCCAACGAGAGGCUGAGGAGCGUGCCCAACGAGAGGCUGAGGAGCGUGCCCAACGAGAGACUGAGGAACGUGCCCAACGAGAGGCUGAGGAACGAGCAUGGCAAGAGGCUGAGCAGUGUGCUCAACGAGAGGCUGAGAAGCGUGCUCAACGAGAGGCUGAGAAGCGUGCUCAACGAGAGGCUGAGAAGCGUGCUCAACGAGAGGCUGAGGAGCGUGCCCAACGAGAGGCUGAGGAGCGUGCCCAACGAGAGGCUGAGGAGCGUGCCCAACGAGAGGCUGAGGAGCGUGCCCAACGAGAGACUGAGGAACGUGCCCAACGAGAGGCUGAGGAACGAGCAUGGCAAGAGGCUGAGCAGUGUGCUCAACGAGAGGCUGAGAAGCGUGCUCAACGAGAGGCUGAGGAGCGUGCUCAACGAGAGGCUGAGGAGCGUGCCCAACGAGAGGCUGAGGAGCGUGCCCAACGAGAGGCUGAGGAGCGUGCCCAACGAGAGACUGAGGAACGUGCCCAACGAG